AUGUCGUCUCCUAAACGUGAUGAACGUAAUGUAGAAAAUAUUCGUCGAAAAAAUUUGGAAGAUAAUCAACUUUUCCUUCAAAGACUUCUCAUGAUUAAUAUUCGAAAUGAUUUUCUCAAUUCAGCUCGUACAGUUCUUCGUAAAGAUGGAAGUAGUCAGAUCAAGAAAAAAGUUUCUCCUCAAAAGGCAAUAGGCGAAUAUGUAACUCGAUACCGUGACAAAUUAAAAUCCGGUGAAAUUGGUCCGUAUGUACCUGAAUGGCAACGUCAUAAUGAAGCAAAGAAAAAGGAAACAGAGAAGAAACUUUUAGAAAAAGAACGAAAGAAAUUGGAAUAUGAACAAAAAAAGAUGGAAAAUGAACGAAAAAGACAAGAAAAACAAAUAAAAAAGCAAGAAAUAUUAUUUGAAAGAGAAUUGAAAAAAGUCGAAAAAAUAUUAAAAAUAGAAGAAAAACAAAAAAUCAGACUUGCUAAACGACGUCGUCACAAAUCAUCGAGAUGGACUGUUUUUUAUAAGAAUAGUGUUAAUGGUAAUCCUUAUCAACGUAUAUUCAAACCAAGACAUACAAAAGUGGAUGAACGAAUUCAACAGAAUUUAUUUUAG